AUGUUCAAACGCUCUUUUGCUAGUUCGAAGGACCGUUCGGGCAAGAUAAGCAAAUCGUCGAAGAAGUCGUUUCGCGAUGCCUCCAAACAAAAGCAGGUGGUCGAGAAAAUGGAUGUGCGCAAGGACAGCCCACUGAUGGAGAGUGUUUCCCCGAGUCUCACUUCAUCCAUCGUGACGGUUGUCGUUGGUUCCGACCGACGACUGUUCGCCGCACACGAAGACGUCCUCUGUCACUCCCCGUUCUUCGCUGAAGCGUUGCGGAGCCAGUUCUUCGAAUCCACCAACCGACGCAUCAACCUGCCCACGGAGGAACCCGAAAUCUUCUCCUGCAUCCUCGAGUAUCUGUACAAGGGCGACUACUACCCCCGCUUAGUCCAUGACAAGCGACGUCAAACUUGGAUGCUCGAGGGUCAGAUCUCCUCACCCGACCCCAACAAGACCGGCGACCGCGCAGCCGUGGAGCCAACCUUUUUUCACUCCGGCGUGGGUGACGUUCUUCUCCGCGACACGGCCGUGUACUGCGCUGCGGAUCACUACGGCCUCGAAGAGCUCAAGAAGCUAGCCCUGCGCAAGCAGGGCCUGCAGAGCGGCAUCGAGGUUGGAACGAUUCUGCGCAGCGCUCGCUAUGCCUACGAGAACACGCCGGACAACGACUCACGACUACGCGCCCAUUACCUCGCCCUCAUCAUCCGUAGCCGGAAAACAUUCAAGCGUAGUGGAACCAUGCAGAUGGAGAUGGAGAUGGGAGGAAAACUGUUCUUUGACCUGUUCGUGGCAAUGUGCAACCAUAUCGAUGAUCUUCAAGAUGCGAGCUCCGGCCGCACGCCGAGGACCAUCUAA